AUGGGGAAAGGCUUUCUCUUCAGCUGCGUGGCCGUGGUCUUGCUCAUUCAGCUGUCCACUGCUGGCCUGGUCAAGAAGGUGAUCCGCCACCGCAGAGAGGCUCUGAUGCCUAAGAAAACCCAAGAGAACCUCACACUGCCCGACCCUGACCAGCCGGUUGUGUUUAAUCAUGUCUACAACAUCAACGUACCCUCUACAUCUCUCUGCUCCGUGGACCUCGACUCGCCUGGUGGCACUGAGCUCAAACACAAGAACAGCCCGAUGGAAAUGCAGAAUACUGAGCACAUGGAGCACACGGUGGAUGGUGACAAUCAGAUCGUUUUCACCCACCGCAUCAAUAUCCCCAAGCAGGCGUGUGGCUGUGACAACCAGCUGCCAGACAUCAAAGAUAUCCUGAACAGGCUGGAGAUGCUAGAGUCAGAGCUGUCUAGUCUGAGAGAGCAGUGCAGCACUGGGGCAGGCUGCUGUGGGACUCAAGUUACAGGUGAAGUGGCCACAAAGCCCUAUUGUAAUGGCCGUGGGAACUGGAGUGCUGACACUUGCAGCUGUGUAUGCGAACCUGGAUGGAAGGGCCCCAACUGUACCGAACCUGAGUGCCCCAACGACUGCCAGGACCAGGGCCGCUGUGUGGAUGGAAAAUGUGAAUGCUUUGAGGGCUUUGGUGGAGACGACUGCGGUAUUGAGCUUUGCCUGCUGGACUGCGGCGACUAUGGCCACUGUGUCGAAGGGUCCUGCCUCUGUGAGGAGGGCUUCAUCGGUGAGGACUGCUCCCAGACCAAUUGCCUCAACAACUGCCUUGGCCGUGGACGUUGUGAGGACGAUGAGUGUGUUUGCGAUGAGCCUUGGACAGGCUUUGACUGCUCCGAACUCAUCUGUCCAAAUGACUGCUACGACCGUGGACGCUGUAUCAAUGGUACCUGCUACUGUGAGGAAGGCUUCACUGGAGAAGACUGUGGCGAGCUCACUUGUCCUGGCAACUGUAACAGCCGUGGCAUGUGCGUGAAUGGCCACUGUGUGUGUCAGACCGGCUACAGUGGAGAGGACUGCUCGAAGAUCACCUGUCCCGACAACUGCAACGAGAGAGGCCAUUGCUUCAAUGGAAAGUGCAUCUGUGAUCCAGGAUUUGAGGGUGAAGAUUGCUCCAUUCUCUCAUGCCCCGACAACUGCAGCAACAGGGGCCAGUGCAUCAACGGAGAAUGUGUAUGUGACAUAGGAUACCAAGGUGAGGACUGUAGCGAGCUCUCCUGCCCCAACAAUUGCCAAGACCGUGGUCAAUGCGUUGAUGGGCAGUGCGUAUGCAACAAAGGCUUUGCCGGGGAGGACUGCAGCAUCAAGACCUGUCCAAAAGACUGCAUGGGACGUGGGGAGUGUGUGGACGGCAAAUGUGUUUGCUUUGUCGGCUUCACGGGUAAAGACUGCGGUGAGCUCACCUGCCCCAAUGACUGUCUGGACCGUGGCCACUGCGUCAACGGGCAAUGUGUUUGUCAUAAAGGUUUCACUGGUGAGGACUGCAGUGAGAAGACAUGUCCCAAAAACUGUCUCGACAGAGGUUACUGUGUCGAUGGCAACUGCGUGUGCUAUGAAGGUUUCACUGGACCAGACUGUUCCAUACUGACCUGCCCAGAGGACUGCCAGAACCAGGGACGCUGUGAGAAUGGAGUGUGUGUCUGUGAUGAGGGCUUCAUCGGGGAGGACUGCUCUGAGGUGAACUGCUUGUGCUUGUGUGUGAACCAGGGACACUGUGAGAACAGAUAUGUUAUUCAUUUUUAAAAACCCUCAGAACAGAUUAUUGACUUUAAGUGUCCCUCCACAGUAUCACCACCCAAAGACCUAACGGUGGUAGUGGUCACCCCAGAGACAGUGGAUGUCUCUUGGGAGAAUGAGAUGCGUGUAACAGAGUAUCUGGUCACCUACAUGCCUACGGCCACUGGAGGUCUGGAGCUGGACAUGCGGGUGCCUGGGGACCAGAAGAUGGCCACUAUUCGGGAGCUUGAACCUGGUGUGGAGUACCUGAUUAGCGUCUAUGCUGUUCUCAACAACAAGAAGAGCGUUCCUGUCAGUGCUAGAGUGUCAACACAUCUUCCUGAGCCUGAGGGACUCAAGUUCAAGUCAGUUCGGGAGACAUCAGUGGAGGUGCAGUGGGACCCAUUGGACAUUCCCUUUGACGGCUGGAACCUCAUCUUCAGAAACACUAAAGAGGAGGAUGGUGAGAUUCUUAACUCCCUCGGCCGUCCCGAGACCACCUUUGAGCAGUCAGGCCUGGGCCCCGGCCAGGAGUACGAGGUCAAACUGGAGGUGGUGAAGAACAACAAGCGUGGACCGCCUGCCUCCAAGAACGUCAUCACGAGGAUUGAUGCCCCCAGCCAGAUGGACAUACGUGAUGUGACCGACACCACAGCAUUGGUGACCUGGUUCCAGCCUGUGGCUGACGUGGACGGGGUCACCGUCUCAUACGGGCCCAGUUCCAGUCCUGCUGAUCGCAAGGUGGUUGAGCUGUCCUCCACUGACACCCAGUACCACCUGGGAGGCCUUGCCCCUGACACCCAGUACGAGAUAUCUCUGACGGCUCGGAAGGGAGAUCUGACCAGCAUUCCUGUUUACGAGUCCUUCCUCACAGACCUGGAUGCUCCCAGAGACCUGCAGACAGUUGAGGUGACAGACGAGACUAUCACUCUUGAGUGGAAAAACAGCAUGGCUCGGGUGGACAACUACCGCAUCAAGUACGGACCUCUGUCUGGAGGCGAGCAUGGCGAGCUGCUUUUCCCCCCAGGACCCAAAGACAAUACACAGGCCAAGAUCACUGGCCUGAGACCUGGCACAGAGUACGGGAUGGGAGUGACAGCAGUGAAGGAUGAACGGGAGAGUCUGCCGACGACCACCAACGCAGUGACUGCUCUGGAUGCUCCCAAGGACUUGACCGUUACAGAGGUGACAGAGACCACCAUGAUCCUGGAGUGGAAGCGCCCCAUGGCCAAACUGGACUCCUACAGACUGGUCUAUGUUUCAGCCGAUGGCCACAGGGCUGAGGACGUUGUCCCCGGCAGCUCCGAGGCCCACACCCUAAGGGGCCUGACGCCCGGCAUGCUGUACACCAUCAGCAUCAUCGCCGAGAGAGGCCGCAGGACCAGUGCACCAGCCACCAUCUCAGCACCCACAGAGGAGGAGAAACCCAUGGUGACCAACGUCACCAUCAGCGAAGUGUCGUGGGACAGCUUCAUCCUGUCCUGGUCUGCUGAUGAUGGGGCGUUCGAGGCCUUUGUGAUCGAGGUUUACGAUGCAGAGUCGGGCAUUGAGUGGCAUAACCACACGUUGGCCGCCGAUGCACGCAGCUUCUUCCUCUCUAACCUCAUGCCCAACACCUGGUACAGAGCCAAUCUGUACGGGAAGUACAGGGGCACCCUCUUAGACCCUGUCUUUGCAGACACUAUCACAGAGACCGAACCAGAGAUACAGGCUCUCCUAGUCUCCGACAUCACCCCUGAGAGCUUUAAUCUGGCCUGGGAGGCUGAAGAGGACGCCUUCGACACAUUUGUCGUAAUGGUCAGCGAGCUCGAGGGCACAGGCCAACCACAAGAACUGGUGCUGGGCGGAGAGGAGCGAAACGCAGAGAUAACAGAGCUCACUGAGGACACGGAGUACAAAAUUGAAAUCUUUGGGCUCAAUUUGGAAAGACGCUCCAAGUCUGUACAGGAGCGGGUGAUAACAGACCUGGGUUCACCCAAGGGUAUCCGCUUCUCUGAUGUCACUGACACGUCUGCCACUGUUCACUGGGUGGUUUCAAGAGCUCGGGUGGACAGCUACCGGGUCACUUAUGUGCCUGCUCAUGGAGGAAAUGCUAAGACUCUGACCGUGGAUGGCUCUGAGUCUCAGAUUGUACUGCCCAACCUGACGCCCGGGGUCACCUACGAGGUCACUGUCGUUGCUCUCAAGGGUCAAAGGGAGAGCGAGCCUGGGUCUGACAGCGUCACCACAGCUCUGGAUAAACCCCGCGGUCUGACUGCAGUCAACAUCACUGACACUGAAGCUCUGUUGCUCUGGCAGCCCGCCAUCGCUACUGUUGAUGGCUACGUCAUCACCUACAGUGCAGACUCAGUGGCUCCAGUGAUGGAGCGUGUGUCAGGAAACGUGGUGGAGUUUGAGAUGGGCUCUCUGACGCCAGCCACGCAUUACACCGUGAAGGUUUACGCAGUGAGGGACUUGGCCAAGAGCGCAGCCACUACCACUGAGUUUACCACUGAUGUGGACGCCCCUCAGGACCUGGCAGCCAGUAACAUCCAGACGGAGACCGGCAUGCUGACCUGGAGGCCGCCUCGCGCUGACAUCACCGGGUACAUCCUCAGCUUUGAGUCAGCAGACGGUACCGUCCGGGAGGUGGUCUUGAGUCCCACUGCUGUCUCUUAUAACAUGGUUCAGCUUAGCGCCUCCACAGAGUACUCAGUCAAGCUGCAAGCCAUUGCUGGUCCCAAGAGAAGCAGAGUCAUCACCACUGUCUUCACCACCACUGGUGUAUUGUACAGACACCCUAGGGACUGCUCCCAGGCCCUGCUGAAUGGCGAUACCUCAUCAGGUCUGUACACCAUCUAUCUGGGUGGAGAUGAGAGCCAGCCCAUCCAGGUCUACUGUGACAUGAGCACUGAUGGAGGCGGAUGGAUCAUUUUCCUCAGACGCCAGAGUGGAAAACUGGAGUUCUUCCGCAACUGGAAGAAUUACACUGCGGGCUUCGGGGACAUGAAUGAUGAAUUCUGGCUGGGUCUGUCCAACCUGCAUAAGAUAACAGCUGGAGGUCAGUAUGAGCUGCGAGUCGACCUGAGAGAUAAGGGAGAAACAGCCUACGCUCAGUACGACAAGUUCUCCAUCUCUGAACCUCGGACACGUUACAAGGUCCAUGUAGGAGGAUACAGUGGAACAGCAGGUGACUCAAUGACCUACCACCAUGGUCGUCCAUUCUCCACUUACGACCACGACAAUGACAUCGCUGUCACCAACUGUGCCCUGUCCUAUAAGGGCGCCUUCUGGUAUAAAAACUGCCACCGUGUCAACCUCAUGGGACGAUAUGGAGAUAACAGUCACAGCAAGGGUGUCAACUGGUUCCACUGGAAAGGCCACGAGCACUCGAUUGAGUUUGCCGAGAUGAAGAUUAGACCAUCUAACUUCAGAAACCUGGAGGGAAGGAGGAAACGAUCAUAA